ACUGAUAUGAGUAUUGGAACAGCUUCCAUAUGGCUGUUGAAUUUCCAUGUGUAUGUUUACUUUGGUUUAACAGGGAUGCUUUUGGUAAAUGGGUUGACAAAUAUCUAAAGGAUAUUGAUGUGCAUUUUAGGAAAGCAAUUCUACUGGAAGUAAUACUGUGAAAGGAGGUCCAGCUUUCUUAGUUGACAGAACACCAUUCAUAAAAGAAGUAAUUGAAAAGGAAAACAACAUUCUACUGGUCACGACACCCACUGGAUUCGGGAAGACAAGAAAUUUAAAAUUGUUGAAAUCCUUUUUAGAAAUCGAAUUUAACAUGAAGGAUGUGCAAAACUCCAAAGCGGAUCCUGAUUCUUCGCAAACAACAAACUCCACACUUUUUCCCAACAAUCCUUACAACUUCACAGAUUUAAAACCAACCACUAACCAGUAUCAUAAAUACCCAGUUAUAAAUCUUAGUUUUGAGUGCUUCAUAGCAGUCGAUAGUUUCAAAGAAGCUGUCAAAUUUUACAAAAGAGUCGUCCACAGAUUGUUUAAAGACCACAAAUACCUAACAAAAAGUGAAAGGCUUUCCUUGCACGAUCGGAAAUUGGUGCAAUUUUGGAGCGAUGAUCAUAACUUUUACACGUUUAGUACAGAACAAGUUAUGAAAGGUCUGAGAGAGUUAACACGACUGAUAUGUAGACAUUGGGACAGCAGAUGUUGGGUGUUAUUGGACGAUUAUGACCACGUGGUGCAAGCGGCCAUGAUGGAAAUGGCGGACAACGACAAGUUCAGACGUGUCGUUAAGUUCACGUAUCGGAUGAUAACGCAUGCGUUCAGGAACAACAGUGAUUGUGUAUAUGGCGCAGUUGUAGCUGGAGAAUUGUCUUUAGCUGUGUUUGGAGUUAAAGAUUAUGUGAAGUAUAAAAUGUACAAUUUUCUAGAAGACCACGAGUUUGUUAAAUAUUUCGGCUUAACAUCUGAAGAUGUUGAGGGAGUUUUAUAUAGUUUAAGUAAAAACAAAACAUUUAGAACCGAAGUCGAGAAAAAUUGUGGGGGUUAUAUAACUUCCAGUGGAGAGAAAUUGUUUAAUAUUAAUUUAUUAAAUAGAUUUUUGAAUGGCGAAAAGUCUAACCAUGGAAGUGAAGUCAAAGAUGAAUUAAGAAACAUAGUGAAAAUACCUCUGUUUAGAGAAAUACUAGAAACUCUUCUUGAAGGAGAAACUGUUGAUUUUCACAAAAUUGAUGUUUUUGACCUAGAUGACCUUGUGGAUUUAAGAUCAAUAUUGUUGAACAUAGAUCUGGAAAUUACUCCUAGGAUUUUUAAUUUGCUGAUUUCGUAUUUGUUUCAUAAAGGGAUUUUAGCUUAUAGUGAACCUACAAACCAGACAGCAAAUACGAUGAACAUAAGCUACGCUAAGAUACCAAAUAAUUAUAUGAAAGAAGCAAUUAAAUCUGUAUUAUAUUAAUUUGUUUUUUAUGUAAAGACAGGUACAUAUUAGCACAGAGUCUGUAUACGAGUUAUCCAU